UUCAGAACCUUGGGUGUUAUACACAGGACUACCAGAUUUGUGAGUGAUGAUUUGGGCAUUUGGGAAACAACUCGUCAUACACCAUGACGUCUUACACCUCUAGUGUUUGGUUUUUGCAAUGGACCUCGCUCGCUGAAAUUUAAACGAUUAGUGAGAAUCUUAUCUAAGAUCUUCAUGAGUUUCUCUUUCUCAAAGAUUUAUUGCUUUUCGGCUUUUGCUAGUCCUAGGGGUCAGUAAUGUAUGAUAUAAAAAGAAAAAGAUACAGGCGGAGCUUGACUUGUUAAAUAUUACUCCUGGAAACCACUAGCCAGCAAGCUUUCAAGAUCUAGCUGUCCACAAAGAAAGUUUGUUUUCCAAACUUGCUCACCGAGGGAGUAUCAAACUAUCAAUCAUCUCUAUUCAGGGUUUUAGACUCUUAGUGUUGAUCCAUUGGACCUUCUUGUCACAAGGUAGAUCCGUAUUCAGAAAUGAUAUUCUGGGGUAUUGAGCUAAAAAAGGGAAAGACUGUAACUCAAACCUUUCCAAAAGCCAAAGGAAGAUUACGCGUUACAAAGGCUUUUUUGGGACGUGAUCCUAGGACUCAUUUAAAUGCUAGGAUUCUUAUAGAGUGCAGCGGCGGAGGUCAACCACCGACAGUUAUUUGCAGUUUAGAAAAGCCUAAUAAUUGCACGAGCCCUCUCGAUAUAGAAUUUGGAGAGGACGACGGGGAAGUCCACUUUUCUGUUUAUGGUUGCAAUUUCAAAGAGGAAACUGUUCAUCUUUCCGGUUACUUUAUCGACCAAUGAAAUUGCACUCGCACUAGAAAUAGGAAACUUGAAUUUUAGAAAUGGAGUAGGAAGAAACUUACAGUAUGAUGGGAGAUAUAUGUAGUUCGUGUUUGGAAUGUGUCGGGUUGCGUCAGUUUCUUAUUACUGUUUGAAACGUACGAUGAGUUGAUGAUUAUAUUUCGUGUAAUGCAACUGUGAUAAAGUCUAUGGGCUGGCAUGUUGGGCAUUGUGUUUGUGGCGCUAAUUAAAGAACCAAUUUUUUUUGGGACUGCUCAAAAAUGAUGGGGAACUACUCUCCAUUCUCGGGUGGAUAUUAGAAGUAAUAUUGAGUCACCCCUUAUCUAAAUUUUUUUUAAUAUCAAAUUUACUCUUGGUAAUUAA